AUGUUAAUGAAUUCAAUGGCUAAGAGAUUAGUUCAAUAGAAUUGCUUAUAGCAUAAUAUCAGAUCAAUUAAAUAAAAGCAAGGGAGUAUAUUCAGUAUGAAUACUUUUAGAAGAUUCUCUGCGCAUGGAUUUAGUGAGGAAAGUAUCAAUUAAUUUACCCAUGAUGGAGUUUAUACUAUCUAAGAUCCUUAAAUCCAGCCAAACUAUCUAAAUGGAAAAUGCUACCUUGUUCAUGAUACACAUCAAUUAGCUUAUGAACCUGACAUUGGCAAAAUCUUCAAUCCUGCUAUAUGCUUACUCUCAUAUUAUGCCUACCAUUCCUACUAUGCUGUUCCAUUCGUAUUAUCAACUUUUGGAUUGUAGUUUGCUGGAUUGUUUGUAUCAUCUGUGAUUAUGUUCAACUUUAGAUCUAUUAGAGGAAUGACUAUUGUGGAGAUGCUUUUAGAUUAGACAAAAGAAAAUGUGACUAUCACAUUUAUGAGUGGUAACUCUGUCGUAUUACCAGUCUCAGACAUAGAGAUGAAAGGAGAUGAAGGAAAAGUGAUUAAAGUCAUUUUAAAGGGUAAGAAAAGGAGUAUUACAGCAGGAAUUGAGAUCAAUAAUGAAAGAGUUGCCAAUAGAUAUUCAAACAUUGAACUUAUUUAUGCUAUUUGUAACAAGAAUGUCAAAAAGUUAGAAUGA